UCGAACAGGUCGCAUUCGCCCCGUAAUUCCUGCUGCUCGCUGUCACUGUCCGUACCCUCUGUGGCAUCCAGCUCUGUGGCUGCUUUUGUGGCACCUCUGUUAACGGUUUGAGUCGGCCAUGAAGUGGAUUUUGCUGUUUAUGGUGGCCCUUGGACUGGGCCUGGCCGCGGCCAGCACCAGCUCCAGCUAUAGCUUUUAUCGCCUGCCGACGGCAGUGCGGCCCCAGAAGUACCAUCUGAAGAUCCUGACCCAUCUGGACAAUCCGGAGGAGCUGCGUUUCGCUGGCACCGUCAGGAUUCUGGUGGAGGCUCUGCAGAACACCAAGAACAUAACGCUUCACUCCAAGAACCUCACCAUAGACGAAAGCCAGAUCACGCUCCGACAGAUCAGCGGCGAGGAGAAGAAGGACAAUUGUGUGUCCUCGACGGAGGUGAACCAGGAUCAUGACUUCUAUGUCCUGAACACUUGCCAGGAGCUGCUGGCCGGCAAUGUCUACGAGCUCUCGUUGCCCUUUGCCGCCGAACUGAACAAACAGCUGGAGGGCUACUACCGCAGCUCCUACAAGGAUACCGACACCAACAAGACAAGAUGGCUCUCGAUUACCCAAUUCGAACCGGCCUCGGCUCGAGCGGCCUUCCCCUGCUUCGACGAGCCCGGCUACAAGGCUCCGUUUGUGGUUACCCUGGGAUUCCACAAGCAGUACACGGGUCUCAGCAACAUGCCGGCGAAGGAAACCAAGCCUCACGAAUCGCUGGCCGACUACAUUUGGGUCGAGUUCGAUGAGUCGGUGCCCAUGUCCACCUAUCUGGUGGCCUACUCCGUCAAUGACUUUGCGAACAAGCCCUCCACGCUCCCGAACAGCCCGCUCUUCCGCACCUGGGCCCGUCCGAACGCCAUCGAUCAGUGCAACUAUGCGGCAGAGUUCGGUCCGAAGGUCCUGCAGUACUAUGAGCAGUUCUUUGGGAUCAAGUUCCCUCUGCCCAAGAUCGAUCAGAUUGCCAUUCCCGACUUCAAUGCCGGGGCCAUGGAGAACUGGGGCCUGGUCACCUACAGGGAGAUCGCGUUGCUGUUCUCUCCGGAGCACACCUCGCUGGCGGACAAGCAGCGGCUGGCCAAUGUGGUGGCCCAUGAGCUGGCCCAUCAGUGGUUCGGCAAUCUGGUGACGAUGAAGUGGUGGACGGAUCUCUGGCUGAACGAGGGCUUUGCCACGUACAUUGCCAGUCUGGGUGUGGAGAACAUCAAUCCCGAGUGGCGGUCCCUGGAGCAGGACUCGCUGUCUAAUCUGCUGACCAUCUUCCGAAAGGAUGCCCUGGAGAGCAGUCACCCGAUCUCGCGACCCAUCGAAGUGGUCUCGGAUAUAGCCGAGAGUUUCGACCAGAUCUCAUACCAGAAGGGGUCGUCGGUGCUGCGCAUGAUGCACAUGUUCCUCGGGGAGGAGUCCUUCCGCGCGGGUCUGCAGUCGUAUCUGCAGAUGUACUCUUACAAGAACGCCGAGCAGGACAAUCUUUGGGAGUCGCUGACCCAAGCGGCGCACAAGUUCCGCGCCCUGCCCAAGAGCUACGACAUCAAGAGCAUCAUGGACUCGUGGACCCUGCAAACAGGCUAUCCCGUGAUCAAUGUUACUCGGGAUUACGGCGGCAAGAGUGCCAAGCUCAGCCAGGAGCGCUAUCUGCUCAACACUCAGAUCUCGCGGGAACAUCGCGGCGGCUGCUGGUGGGUGCCUCUCAGCUACACCACCCAGGGGGAGCAGGACUUCAACAACACGGCGCCCAAGGCCUGGAUGGAGUGCGGCAAAACCGGCGAGAGUCUGUCCAAGACCAUACAGGAUCUGCCCGGUGCCGAUCAGUGGGUGAUCUUCAACACCCAGCUGUCGACGCUCUAUAAAGUGAACUACGAUUCGCACAACUGGAAGCUGCUGAUCGAGACCCUCACCGAAGGCGAUUUCGAGAGGAUCCAUGUGAUCAACCGGGCCCAGCUGAUCGACGAUGCCUUGUACCUGGCCUGGACCGGCGAACAGGACUACGAGAUCGCCAUGCGACUGAUCGAAUAUCUGCAGCGGGAGCGCGAGUAUCUGCCCUGGAAGUCGGCCUUCGAGAAUCUGAAACGUGUGAGCCGCAUCUUGCGACAGACGCCAGAGUUUGAGUUCUUCAAGCGUUACAUUAAGAAGCUGGUUACACCGAUCUACCUGCAUUUGAACGGCCUCAACGACACAUUCAGCGGCAUACAGCAGCAGGAUCAGAUACUGCUCAAGACCAUGGUCGCCAAUUGGGCGUGCCAGUACCAGGUUGCCGACUGUGUGCCCCUUGCCCUGCAAUACUACCGCAACUGGCGAUCGGAGGCGGAUCCGGACGAGAAGAACCCGGUGCCGCUCAAUCUGAGGAACACCGUGUACUGCACCUCCAUCAAAUAUGGCACGGAUGCGGACUGGGAGUUCCUUUGGACGCGCUACAAGAAGUCGAAUGUGGCUGCCGAGAAGCGUACCAUUCUGACCUCCCUGGGCUGCUCGCGAGAGGUGUGGGUGCUGCAGCGCUAUCUGGAAAUGGCCUACGAUCCCAACCAGGCCAUACGCAAGCAGGACUCGAUGUGGGCCUUCCAGGCGAUCGCCUUCAACGAAGUGGGCUUCCUGCUGGCCAAGAAAUACUUCAUGGACAAUGUGAACUUCCUCUACAAGUUCUACUAUCCGAUAACGAAGGAUAUGGGUCGUCUGUUGACGCCCUUCUCGGAGCAGGUCUUCACCCAGAGCGACUUCAAUGAGUUCAGGAACUUUGUCCUGCUGUCACGAGACUCGCUCAAGGGCCUGGAGCAGGCCAUUCAACAGACACUCGAGACGAUGCUCACCAACGUGCAAUGGAAGGAGCGCAACUACCACCAAAUGUCGCGCUCCAUUCAGAAGCUCCUCUAAGCCAGUGUCCGACUCCGGCCCAAGCCCAAUGCAGUCCAGCUCUCAUCAGCUCAUUGACGAAGGAAUCUCUUCAGCUAAGCAGGAAUACGAUAUAUACAUUUAGAAAUCCUCUAAUAAACUAUUUAAUACUAUCGUACAAGUAUUAUCCAAGUAUAUCCGCAA